ACUGGGAGACGAUAAAGAAUGACUGGCUUGGGUUGUUUGGAGCGGCUUUUAUCAUGGGCGCGAACACGGAAAAAACUCAGCCAACUGAUAUCGAUUUUGGUUUGACCAUAAAUCUAUUAAAAAGUUUGCGAAUCCCUUCAGAGAACGCGCAGGGCUCGUCAAAGUUAGUAAACGAAGGUGAACGUGUUAAGGUGUUGGUGCUUGCAGUUGAUGAGGCACGAUAUUUGCUCGAAAAAGAGGACAUCAACGGAGUUAACUACUUUCGUCUCUUGCGGAGGGCAUUAGUCGAUGUUAACGUCGAGGGGAAGACAAGAAAAACGAUGAUAUUUGCGGUGUUUGUCGACACAAAUCCCCGUAUCUGCGAUUUAGAACCUUCACUUUCCACGGGUCUGGCGUCAACACAUAGUAUCAACACGAAGAAGGACAUACAUUUGUUUCCAGGUUUCGUGCUGACUCACACAAUGGACGUGAUGCUGAACAUGGGCCAAUCGCAUCCUUUUGACUACAAGAAAAGCGUUCUCCAACAUGAUCCCGACACAACUUGGAACACGCUCGUCUCAAUGGGUCGACCAAUGUGGCACAGCUACGUCAUGACGAAGCCGUGGAACCACCGUGGCAUAUUCAUUCUGGCUACUUCCAAGUUGCUCUGUGGCCUGAGUCCCUUUAACAAGGAGAGCUACGGAGCGAGUUCUCUUCAAGGAGUGGCGUCACUAAUGUGCCGUCUUGGAUUGCGCCCGCAGUCUCACUCGGGGUUUGCAACGCAGGCCGUUUCUGACUUCAUGGCAGUGCUCCACUACGUCAACUAUACGUACGAUGCACACAUCAGUGGCUAUGUGACGGAGCCCGUGCUGACUUUCGGGGCAACGCACCUGUGGUACGAGAUUGACCCAUUGCCGCUGGAGGAAUACAUACUUCCCCAAUUCUUGGAGUUGUUGAUGCAGGGCCGAAUCGACGUCGGAAGUGUCGGCGAAGUGGUGGCGCGAAUUAUUUUGCUGCUAGCUAUGGAUGCGACCACCAUGGGCGAGGACGGCUUUCGUGCCUACCGGCUGAGUGGAACCGGAUCUAAACGUUUUAAGGGCCAAUUUUGCUCGGUAAAGCAGCUCCUGGGACUGCUUGAUGGAUCGUUGAAACUGCGAACAGGUUUAAAGUGUGAUAACGUCCCCAACGACGCACCCGAAAAAGACAAUAACGCAAAGUCACGGCGGGAGCUUUUCAAUGUGAUCGACGAAGAGAAUGCGACAACGGGAGCUGCAACACCAGAGCAAAGGGACAGCUUUGAGUUAUGGAUGAACGACUGGGGCAACUGGUGCGUUGGGUUUAGCCACUUUGUCGAGCUGACCGACUUGCCGACCACAGCAAUGCUUUGGUGCCUGCUAGGUCGUCGAGCAGCGGGCGUGUUUCCGCGCGAUCAUGAAGAGGCACAGUUGUCCGCUCUAAGGAACCUGUCACCUGCAAGCGUGUUCGCUGUGAACGAGGAAGAGGAGAGCAAACACGAGUUUUCAGAGCUCUCACCACGAAGGAUAAUCCGUAUCUACAUGAGUCUACGGGAAUGCGACAUUUCCAUCCCGGCUCAGUCGUAUCUCAUCGAUAAUGCUAGUGCUACGAGUGUGGACGACGUGUCGUACACACUGUGCCUUCGGGGAAUGUGCUGUUCACCCAGACUGGGAUCGGUUUCUUCGUUAAGAAAUUGGCCCUUCCUGUUGACACUGAAGAUUGCGGACCAGCUCGCACGUCUCGCCGCUUCGGCCUGGUGGGAUCCGUUGGCUAAGGUCAACGUAGAUAUGGCACGGAGGAGAUUUUUCAAAGAGCUGAUACCAGAUGAAGAGUUGAAGGAGGCUGUUUGCUGUACUCUUAAGAUACCAGGCGACGGUGGACGAGGCGACUUUUAG